UUUACUACACAGAUGAAGAAAAGUUUUUUGUCUUGUAGCUGGCGACUGGGGCUGUUUUAUGUUUUUCUUUUUGCCUCUGUUCACAUGUCAAGCCCACAUCUGAAAAGUCAAAACGGCCCAAACAAACAAAAAAACAAACAAACAAAGCCCACAUAACAAGCCAUUACGUGCUACAUUGUAGUCCAAGUAGAAAGGACAAAAAAUGAGCCUAAUCUGUUUCGGGCGACGUCAGCCGACUGAUACUUGGCCAAGUCUCAGUCGACUUAGACUUAGACAGACCCUUUGGCAAAGAGUAAAUCUUGAGUUCCACGAGCGCAAUAAGUUUAAACCAUACCAAAUGGAGAGCAAACGUAGGUGGGUCUCUCUGGGCAAGCGUUGAAGGGUGAUACAACAAGAGUUUGAUACAACAAGAGUUUGUACGCAGACGAGAAAAUGAUCGACACAUUGAACGCACGUUCAACCCAUUUGCAAAUCGGACGAGCCGAUUUGAACAAACAAAAAUCAGACAAAGUGUAAGUUCGUUUUGGUCGCCCUGGUUGGUGUUGCUCUAAGAAAACAACCAAAAAGAACCACCUCAUUGUAAAAUGCUCAAAUAUAAGCCGUAGACAAAAGAAGCUUUCACAAAGGCUGCAGUUGGUUUGCCCUCACCUCACCUACAAGAAGGCCAAAAACAUCCAUCAUGCAUCCUCUAGCGCCAAAAACAGCGAAGUUGCACAAAGCGUCGCCUCAUCAUACCACCCACACAUCCCCUUCUAUCUCCGAUCGAUCGAUCGCUCAGUGAUCACACGCGCCACGCUCUCACUCGGCCACUGCAGCCGCCUCUCUCAAGCCAACCAAGGAAACCACCGCGCGUGAACCUGCGGACGCACACCGCGAGAGUGAGAGAUGCAUCCACUCAACCGCUCUCUCCUCCUCCUCUACGCGGCGGCCGCCGCCGUGUUCUUGCUGUGCUCGCCGGCAUACUGCGCCAUCGCGGCAUUGCCGGAUCCGGCGCCCCUCGACCCGGCUGGCCUGUUCAUGCCCUCGGCCACGCCGGCGCAGCCUGGUUCCGCCACGAUCCCGGCGUUCCCGGAGCAGUCGGACGCCGUGUCCGGGGCCUCCUCCACGUGCCCGCUCGACCCCUCCCCGCGGCUCCUCCCGGCCGUGGUGUCGUCCUGCGACGCCGACGGCGCGCUGCCCUCCAGGCUGCGGUGCUGCCCCGCGCUGGCCGCGUGGCUGUUCGCCGCCUACGCGCCCACCGCGCUCGCGGGGAGGCCGGCCCGGCCGGUUUCAGCGGCGCCCGUGGACAUGCCCGUGCCGCCGGACGACUCGGAGGCGUGCGCUGGCGCCGCGGACCGCGCGCUGCGGUCCGAGGGGGCGGCGCUGCCGCGCCCGCCGGGGGCCAACGGGACGUGCGACGUGGCCUUCUGCUACUGCGGGGUGAGGCUUAGGCGGCUGACGUGCGGGCCCCAGCCGACGGGUGUCGGCCAGUGGGCCCCGGCGGAAUCGGCGGCGAGGAGGCUGAAGAGGGACUGCGCGCGGCCGGGCGUCCCCGGCUGCUCCAAGUGCCUCCAUGCUCUUUCCACGAUAAAGGCCGGAUCCGGCGGCGCGGUGGCGGCGUCGGGGAAGCUGCAGGCGGCCGCGUCGAGCGAGCGGGACUGCCAGCUCCUGGGCCUCAUGUGGCUGCUGCAGCGCAACGCCACGCGGUACGGCGAGGCGGCCACGGCCGUGAUCCGGGCGCUGAUGGCCGCGGACGAGGCGUCCGCCGUGGGCGCCGCGGCAGUGGCGGGGCCGGCCGCCUGCUCGCUAGCCGUGGACGACAUGCCAUUCGCGGCCGAGUACGGAAGGCUCGGCGGGGCCGGCGGGCGGCCACCUGCCAUCCGCCGCUUCCACCUCAUCCUGCUCGCCGUGUACUGCGUGGCCUGCUUGCUGUAGCACUGCGCGCUCGUGGUCGGGUUUAAAUUUGUUAUCAUACGGUUGUGUCCACCUGUAUGACACGGUGCGUUUGCGUGAGAGCGAGUGGUGCACGGGAAAUUCCAUGGCUCGUUUUUUUUUCCGGGGUAAAGGAGUUUUAUUACUGGAUAAUAGUGUUACAAUCAAGAGGCCAUAGCUCCUCAAUACAAGAUGGAGCCGAAGUUAACCAUA